CACGCCGACGGAGAGAAAAUGGGAGACCUGGACGGCGUCGCUCCGUGCUCCUCCCUCGCCGUGGAGGCUAUAAUUCGCGUGGGAGCGGCCGGUGCAAUAUGGGGCUUGUGCGCUGGUCCCUACGACGCUCGUAAACAAGGUCUUACAGGCGUUGCUAAAGCUUCUUUUGUGGCGAACUCAGUUGGCAGUUUUGGGUUUCGAUGCGGAUUUGUGGCUGGCGUUUUCAGUAUUACUCGAUGCGGGGUUCAGAAAUACAGGGGGCGGAAUGAUUGGGUCAAUGGUUUGAUUGGGGGUGCUGUAGCAGGUGGUGCUGCUGCUGCUGGGACACGAAGUUUGGCACAGGUGGUUGGGAUGGCCGGUUUGGUUUCUGUGUUCUGUGCUGCAGCUGACUAUUCCAGAACAUCUUAAAAUACAUAUUGGUUUUUCAAGGAUAAAGUUCUCGGAUUGCAUCUACAACCAAAGUUUUGUUAUUUGGCAGCUUUUGAAUAUCGUAUAUUUAGUUAUUUACAAUUUUACAGCAGAAUCUGUUUUAGUGUUAUCUUAAUUUUGAUUUUCUUUGUAGUUUGUCCAUAAGAAUUCCUCCUUGUACCUAUAUUUCUCAGUGCUAUAAAUUAUAUGACUGAAAAAAUUUAAUAUAUUUACAUUUA